AUACGCAUUCCUUUCUUUUCUUUUCCUUUCCACCUCCACGUUCCUCUCCUCAUCCUCCAUUUCCUUUCAUUUCCCCAAGUAUCUUUUGUUGAGAUCUGCGCUUGUUUGGCUUCACUUCUUCUGAAAUAGAGACUUCAAUCUUGUACCGUGGGAAUCCGAAGUUGCAAGACGCCAUGACUGAAAUCGUGACGGAAACUGCGAAUGCUGAAGAAACAGUUCCAGUUCCCCCAAUUGAGAUUCCAGAAAAAGUUCCCAUGCCUCUUUAUUCCUCACAUCCACCUCUUAAUGAGAGGAUUAUUUCAUCCAUGACCAGGAGAUCUGUUGCUGCACACCCUUGGCAUGACCUUGAGAUUGGACCAGGAGCUCCACAGAUCUUCAACUGUGUGGUUGAGAUUGGGAAAGGAAACAAAGUCAAAUAUGAACUUGACAAGAAGUCAGGACUUAUUAAGGUGGAUCGUGUGCUUUACUCAUCAGUUGUGUAUCCCCACAACUAUGGCUUUAUCCCACGAACUAUCUGUGAGGACGGUGAUCCCAUGGAUGUCUUGGUUAUUAUGCAGGAGCCAGUUCUUCCAGGGUGCUUUCUUCGUGCCAAAGCUAUUGGUCUCAUGCCUAUGAUUGACCAGGGCGAGAAAGAUGACAAAAUAAUCGCUGUCUGUGCUGAUGAUCCGGAGUAUAGACACUACAAUGACAUCAAGGAGCUUCCUCCACAUCGUUUGGCUGAGAUCCGUCGUUUCUUCGAAGACUAUAAGAAGAAUGAGAACAAGGAAGUUGCUGUAAAUGACUUUCUGCCUGCUUCAACUGCAUUCGAAGCGAUCAAGCACUCCAUGACUCUGUAUGCUGACUAUAUAGUGGAGAGCUUAAGGCGGUAAUCGUUGAAGCUGGCUCCGGAUUUGUUUGGUCGAUCUCCUCCUGUCCGUCGGAAAACUUUUGAAUAUAAUUAAAUAGUAAUAUGAUGAUUAUGGCGAAAAGAAGUAAACCUUUGUAAUCUAGUUGCAUGUGUGAUGUGUCUCUCAUCACAUGCUUAGUUUAUUUCCAGAGACAGUUGUUUAGUUUCAAGCACAUUUUGACGUCUGUACUGCUUAAUAUCAAAUUCGGUCAGUUUGUCUGGCCUUUACCUCUCAAAUGAAUCUACUGAAAUGGAAAAACCACCCAUGUUAAGUGCGGAUUUUCAUUUGUCAAAAUAUAGAUGGAAAUUUUUAUAUAAAUAAAUUAAAUAUUUUAUUUACCAA